CCGUGGAGGAGCCCAAAAUAGCCCCGGGCUCACCUGGAGGGGGGCGGGGGGGCCAGGGCUGCCGCCUGCCCUCAUCCCACUGCUCCAUAUUAAUGAGCUCCUUCCUCCUCCUCCUCCUCCUCCUCCCCCCGUCCCUCCCGGUGUCCGGCGGUGCCGAACCCGAGCUCAGCGACACGAGCCCACCCGCGCUCGGCUCCGGCCGCCCUCGCCAUGGCCGGGGGUCCCUCGGUGUUCCAGCUCUGGCUCGUGCUCCAAACCUCCUGCCUCUGCCUGGCCCAGCUCAGAGGGCCACCGGGCCAGCCCGGCCCGAGAGGGCCCCCCGGUCCCCCAGGAGUGCCGGGAGCGGACGGGAUUGACGGUGACAAAGGCCCUGCUGGAGCCCCGGGCUCCCCGGGUGUCAAGGGGGACCCCGGAGCCCCCGGCCCCGAUGGACCCCCAGGGAAGCCGGGCAUCGACGGCCUGACAGGAGCGAAAGGGGAGCCAGGACCCAUUGGAGCACCAGGAAUUAAAGGCCAGCCUGGACUUCCAGGGCCUCCAGGGCUCCCUGGCCCCUCUCUGCCAGGACCACCCGGGCUUCCAGGCCAAGUGGGGCUUCCUGGAGAGAUCGGGGUGCUGGGACCCAAGGGUGACCCUGGACCCGAUGGCCCCCGGGGCCCCCCAGGCCCUCCAGGGAAACCCGGCCUCCCGGGACACAUCCAAGGACUGGAGGAAGGCAGUGCUGAUAUCCUGUGCCCGACCAGCUGCCCCCCAGGUCCCAAGGGCCCCCAGGGACUGCAGGGACUGAAGGGACACAGAGGCCGCCCCGGUGCCCUCGGGGAGCCCGGCAGGCAGGGGGGGCAGGGCCCCAAGGGUGACGUCGGUGCCUCUGGAGAACAAGGAGUCCCCGGCCCGCCGGGACCUCAGGGCCCCAGGGGGUACCCCGGGAUGGCAGGACCCAAGGGUGAGACGGGCCCUGCUGGGUACAAGGGCAUGGUGGGGUCCGUGGGAGCAGCCGGGCGGCCGGGCAGGGAAGGCCCCAAGGGACCACCUGGGGACCCUGGUGAGAAGGGAGAGCUGGGUGGCCGUGGCAUCAGAGGACCCCAGGGAGACAUUGGCCCCAAGGGGGAGAAUGGUCUGCCGGGCAUCGAUGGCAAGGAUGGCACCCCGGGUAUCCCGGGGGUGAAGGGCAGUGUGGGACAGGCCGGACGCCCGGGAACGCCGGGACACCGGGGACAAGCUGGCUUGCCAGGCCAGCCGGGAAGCAAAGGUGGCCCAGGAGACAAGGGUGAAGUGGGUGCCCGUGGCCAGCCCGGUGUCACCGGUGCCCCAGGGCAGCUUGGGGAGCCUGGCCCUCGGGGUGAGCAGGGCCCAGAGGGUGUCCCUGGGCUGAAGGGUGACCGGGGCGAGCGUGGACCCGUGGGGCCCCCGGGGGAGCAGGGCAGAGUGGGGCCAAAGGGUGAGCAGGGCCAUCCGGGGAUCCCGGGACCCCAAGGCUUGCCAGGAGUCAAAGGAGACAAGGGCUCCCCAGGGAAAACUGGCCCCAAAGGCAGCGUUGGAGACCCCGGUGUCCACGGCCUCGCGGGGCUGAAGGGAGAGAAGGGUGAAUCCGGAGAGCCGGGGCCAAAGGGACAGCAAGGCAUCCAGGGCGACCUGGGCUUCCCUGGCCCCUCAGGGGACGCAGGAGCACCAGGGGUGAGGGGCUACCCCGGCCCCCCCGGCCCACGGGGGCUGCUGGGGGAGCGUGGAGUGCCAGGGAUGCCCGGCCAGAGGGGCCUAGCAGGCCGGGACGCCGGGGACCAGCACAUUGUCGACGUGGUGCUGAAGAUGCUGCAAGGUGAGGGGUGA